GUACUAGUUUCAUUACUAGUACUGCAACAAUCAACUUCACUCACUUUUGAUUCGCAAACUUCAGAAGAAGUUGUGUGAUCUUGCUAAGCAUACUAUUGUAAAAGUUGUUAUAUAUUAUAAAGUUUUUUUUUUUAAUAUAGAAUAAGUGACUUAAAGUUUAGUUGUCGUUUAUACAAAAGACAAUAUAAAAAAGGUGAAAAUGGAGGCAUUAGGCGAUAUCCUAUUGCCUUACAAGGAACCCGUCGCGUUAGUGACACGAAUUGUUACUAUGGGCCAGAUGUUCUCCGGCAGUUUCCUAUGUUACGAUAUAUAUAAACAGGGAAACACAAAAGGCAUACCAAUUAUGCCUUUCCUUGGUGGUCUUAUCAUGGGUAUCCUCAACUUGAAAUUCGGUUUUAUCCUCCGCGAUGACACGAUGAUUCAAGUAAACUUCUUUGGUUUGUCGCUGAGUAUCCUGUACAUUAUGAUAUACUAUACUUACGCCACCGAGAAGGGCCAGGUCUGGCUGCAGAUGGGCGUAGCUGGUGCGUUCAGUGCUGCGCUGAUCGGUUACGCAGAAAUGGAAGAUCCGAAGUUAAUAGAGAACAGAUUUGGCUCCAUCAUCACAGUGUUCAUGUUUUAUUUGAUUGCAUCACCGCUGUUAAAUCUGAAACACAUCGUUAAAAACAAAAGUACAGAAGGAAUGCCGUUCCCCAUAAUCUUCUCUGGUACCAUCGUGACCUUCAUGUGGCUUCUGUAUGGAAUCAUACUAAAGAAUAAGUUCCUUGUUCUUCAAAACGUAGUAGCGUUUGCCCUGUGCGGAUUCCAGCUCUCUCUAUUCGCAAUUUACCCAUCUAAACCCAAGAGCAAGGACAAGGUUAAGGCGAAGGCAAAGAAGACAAAUUAAACAAAAAUAGGUGCUAAAAUAAUCAAAUUAUGCAAAUAAAAAAAUAAAUUAAAAUUUAUAUAAAAUCAAUUAGACAAAAGUUCUUUUUUUAAAAAUAAACAGUAAUAAAAUUACAUGAUAUAUAAACGUAUAUUUGAUAAAGUAGUACGUUAUUUUUUAAUAAAAACUAUCUUCAUGUAGAUAAAUCAAUGACAUUUCGUUAAUAAAUCAUUAGUUUAAAUAUGCCAGUGUCACAUGUGAUAUCGAUUUAAGCGAUUAAAUGACGAUGAUAUUUAUAUUAAAUUUCCGUUUUUACAUAAAAAUGCAUAAUCUAUAAAAAAAAAAGAUAAUGUAUAAAGAGGAGAUUAGCGUUUUUCUUUUAAAAUAAAAAAAAAUAAAAAUGACAUCAAUAAACUUUCGAUAUUUGAUUAUCAAACGUUAAAAUUAGUCGAACAAAUUUAAUAAUACUUAGAUUCGUAAAUAACGAAGUUAAAUGUUUAAUAAUAAAAGGUAGAGCAAAUGCCAUUAUUCUCGUUAUUCGUGUUAUUAUUGUUUUUCAAUUAUUUAUAAGUAAGAUUAUUUGCUUGAUAAAAUAUUUGAAAACACAUAAAUUUUAUGUUUCUAUAUUCAUUCCAGCUUUUACAAUAUUAAUUAUAUAAGUAAGCUCAAAUAAAGUAUUAAUAUAAGUUAAUAUUAAAUCAUUUUAUAUUAACGAACAAAAUAAAUGUUAGUCCCACUCCGGGCGCCAACUUGGUUUAAUAGGUUUAAAGGAAAUAUUUGUUAACAUUCAUUUAUGUUGUUCUUUUCAACCGUCAAAUCGACUUUAUACGAUAUUACGCUAUUUAUGUAUAUGUACAUAUACUUAAAUCAUUGAUGCAUUUAUUAGUAUUUUGCAUUUGUUAUCUUAGAAUUUGUAAAGAAAUUUUGAGCUCCUUUUUUAUUACUAUACUGCAAUAUAUAUAUUUACAAUAAAUUAUCAAUUAUAUUUUUCAAAAGAACACAUUUAAAUAGUAAUUGAAAUAAAUGAAUAUUUUCGAAUGAUCAAUAUAUUUUAAAUGUGACUUUAUAUAAUUUAAGUUACCAAUUACGUCGUGACUUGUGAUACAACAGUUGUGUAAUUGUGAACGAUUUUACAAAUAAAGUGAUUUUUAUACGAA